AUGGACCGGCCAUCUGCUUACCAUUCUUCACCGAGAGGUAGAGGUACUCAGGUAGGCACUUUCGUUCGCUUGAACCCGAAAAUCCAGCAGGCCAGCGAUCGAUUUGAGAUAUACAGCAACGAAGAGAUCAUAAUUGGUCGAAGUGCGCGCCUCUGCCAGUACGAGAUCCCCGAUCCCUACGUCUCAAACACCCACAUUCGAAUCUACACCAUUAUCUUCGACCAGGACGUGUCGUAUGAUGUGGCUCCACUAGUGUAUGCCGAAGACCUGUCUCGCAAUGGGACUUUGCUAAACGGUCACCUCAUGGGUCUCGGAAAUGGUGGUUUUCUCCUCCGCCAAGGCGACGUGCUUUCGAUUACUCGUGACAUUUCCAUUCGAUUCCACUCGGCGACCUAUGUUAGUGACCGAUGCUUUAGUGAUCUCCAAAGUAAAGAGAUUCAACAAUUCCGACACCAAUACCUCGUGACCCCCCGAGUUCUGGGCUUCGGUGCCUACGGCCGAGUCCAUAUGUCUGUCCAAGAAGGCACAGGAAGGCAGUUUGCCUGCAAGAUGAUCAACCUCAAAGCUAGGGCCCGCGGCUCCGAUGAUGAGGAGGAAGAUCAGGACCAGGACUCCAGGUUCUUCAACAGUGGUUCGCUCAAGCCCACCAAGCCCCGAAAGGCCGGGUUGGACAAAAUGAUGAAAGAUAGACUGGAACGCAACCAGCGAGAGGCAAGAAUACUGGCAAAUCUGUCUCAUCCAAACAUCAUCGCCCUCAAGAAGGCCUUUCGGUCGGACAACACAAUGUACAUUAUCUCGGAGCUUCUCUCGGGAGGAGAUCUUUUCUCGUUCAUCAAGUACAAAGGAGGGCGACUUGAAGAUCUCACGGCGGCUGCAAUCACUCACCAAGUUCUGCUUGCGGUGGAAUACCUACACGAUCAGAACAUCAUACAUAGGGAUAUCAAGCCAGACAACAUUAUGCUGACCUCUCUCAAAGUCGGAACCAGGGUUGUCUUGACUGAUUUCGGCUGUGCAAAGGUGAUCGAUAAAUCAGCGAAGCGAACAACAACUGUCGUCGGCACCCUUGAGUACUGCGCUCCUGAAGUUUGCCGAUCCAACAACCGCGGAUACACGAAGGCCAUCGAUUUAUGGUCGCUUGGAUGCGUGACGACGGUCAUAGUGGCUGGAUACAGCCCGUUCGAUGAAGGAAAACGCUUUGGCCAGGAUGAACUCGACAUACUGGAGGAUGAACUCAUAUCGCUGGGGGCUAGCGAAGAAGCCACAGAUUUUAUAUACCGCUUGCUCAUUCUGGACGAGGUCGAACGCAUGGAUGUCAAGCAGGCAUUGCAACAUGGUUGGUUUACAAACCCAAGGUACCAACCGAUGCUCGACAAGCUAUACCAGCGGGCCAUCCAAGACUGGGUGCCACGGCGAGAUGAGUCGAUCAUUGUCGAUCUACAAACAAAAACCAAUUACCUGACCAUUUUUCGAUCCCCUACUCAGGGCCCCGUCUUCAGAAGUGAACCUGUCCCAAUUUGUCGACCUCCUUCAGUUGAUCAUAUUUCCGAAUCUUCAUAUGAUGUUGUUUCUGCAGCAAGCACACCAGCUCUCGAAUCCCCCACCCUGACCAACGUUUUCCGGUUUGAUGCAAGGACCUUCAAGGGAAAUCAAUUUACUGCCUUCCGCGAGAAACCGAUUCCCCAGGACCCCGAUGACGAAGUCCGGAAUCUGGAACAAGAGAUUGAUGAGUCGCCUACGAAGCGAUACAAGAAGUCUGUCUUUCACGGGCCCAAGCGACAUGAGAUUGAUCAAGAGCUUGAAGACCGGUAUUUGGAGACGGCCUUUAAAAUGGCCAAAUUCCAAGUCAAAGAGGAGAUUGGACUGAAGUUACCCGAGACUCUUGCUCUGGCGAAGAAAUACCUACAGAAAGGGCAGCCUGGAGGCGAUUCGGAAGCAAUCGAUCGGUCAAUGAGCCAGCCCAGGUGGCUAACAGUCGGGACUCGCUGUGAUCGCUCACCCUCAGAAUCUAAAAUCCGCUCCAUUCGAAAUAAGGCCCCGAUGCAUGAUGAAAAGCAGGUUGAAAAGAGAGAUGAAGUCUACGAGGAAUUCCACAACCCAUUCACUGGAAAGAAAAGACGAUAUAUUUACGGUCGAGAUGUGGAGAGUAUUAUCGCGAUGUCUUAG